CAAUAAGAAGGCACAUCACCAGCACACACGCACAUAUAAUCUCCACAACAAACGAACGGGUUCAUAUUGUAAACGGGAAAUCAAAUAUUGCAACUCACUCACUCUACCAUAACAUGCACAACUAAAGAGUUUCGCCGUUAACGACAAGACAAUUAAAGCACAGCAUCUUCCCCAAAAACCCUCUCUGGGAACGUUGUAUGCAGCAUAAUUUGUGGCUAUGCUUGGCUUGGCUUCCAAAAAGCACUUUCCAGCUUAAGCGCGCUAAAACCAUGCAAGACAAGCCAAAGCAGAACUCUAAAAUCGGCCCGGCGGCUUACAUACAGUACAGGUGAUAGAGGAAAGACAAUGAUCAUCAUCUCCAUAUUCUCAACAUCAUCACAAUCACACUCAAUAUGGCUCUCUGUAUCAACUGCGUAUCCGGCGACGUGAUCCCGGGUACACCUCGCGGACAAAUUCAGAAAAUCGGUCCAUACGAUACAUAUGUCUCCAAACCAUCAUCUUCAGAAAAUCAAACUGGAAACGAUAAAGCUGUUGUCUUGUUCACAGAUGUUUUCGGAUUGGCUUUGACGAAUAUCAAAUUAAUCGCUGAUAUCAUCUCUGAUCGUACAGGAAUCACCACUUUUGUGCCUGAUCUUUUCCAUGGCAAACCAAUCGAUCCAGCAGGAAUGAGUAUACCAAGUUCCGCAACCGAAAUUCGCGGUAAAUCGUUCGUUUCCAAAAUCACAACAACGGCAAAGAUGUUAACUUUUGCACCUUGGGUAUACCGCAAUUGGCCAACGAGCAAAUACAAUGAUGUAGAAACAUUCUUGUCCGCUUUGAAGGAAACUCAAAGUGUCAAGCGGGUCGGAGCAUCAGGAUACUGCUACGGAGGCAAGUUGGCAAUCGAUUUCAACACAAAAGGAUUGGUGGAUGUGACUGUUGUCAAUCAUCCAAGUUUCGUCAAUGCGUCUUCUUUUGCUGAUUUAAAGGGACCUAUCCUAUUCAACUGCGCUGAAGAGGAUGAUAUGUUCCCUGUCAAAACUGUUGAACAAGUUCGUGCAAUGUUGGAUAACAAUGAUAAAGCACCAAAACAUGAUUUCAAAGUUUUCAAAGGAACUGCACAUUCUUUCUGUGCUAGACCUAACCUUGCUGAUGAACACGUCAAGAAGGGCUUCGAAGAGGCAACCUCUCGUACAGCAGAUUGGUUCAAAUCACACUUGUGAACGGGCGUCUGUCCCACGUUUGUUUUCUUCUUUUGUACCUAUUUCAUUCUAAUCAUGGAUUCGUAAUCGUUGCAUGGAAUAUAUAUAUGAUGGCCUAGUGACUGAAAAUUACCAUGUUUCACAUCUUGCAAAUGCUAGUCGUUCCAAAGAACUGGUACAUCAGCCAAAGAAAGCCAUCAAAAUCGUUCUUGGACGCAUAAGCCUUGUUGAACUUUAUCCUGUUUAAGUAAAAACGGAAAAAGUUCAUGAGGUGGCUGUCCUUGCAUCUGAAAAUUAUAAAGGUAGAAAAGCAAAAAGUUCAAUG